AUGUCCACCAAGACCAUCUGUAUCGUCGGCAUCACCGGCAACCAAGGCAGCUCCGUCGCCCGCCGCUUCCUGCAGGACCCAAACUUCCAGGUCCGCGGCCUCACCCGCAACCCCAACACCCCCGCCGCUCAGAGCCUGGUCACCCAAGGCGUCCAACUCAUCACCGCCGAUCUCAACGACCCAAACACAAUAAUUCCCGCCUUUCAAGGCGCCAACAUCAUCUUUAGCGUCACCAACUACUGGGAACCAUUUUUCCGCCCCGAGGACCGCCAGCGGGCCCUCACCGCCGGCAUCUCAUGUCGCGAACAUGCGUACCGGGUCGAGCUGCAGCAGGGGAAGAACAUUGCGGAUGCGGCGGCGCAAACCGUCGACUCGCUCGAUGAGAAUGGGUUGAUUGUCUCCACGCUGAGCCACGCGAAGCAGUGCAGCAGGGGACGGUUCCAGGAGUUGUAUCAUUUCGACGCCAAGGCCGAGGUGUUUCCGGGGUAUGUGCGGGAAAUGCACCCCCGGUUGGCGGAGAAGAUGUCGUGCGUGCAGACGGGGUAUUUCAAUUCCAGCUAUCGCCUGGUUCCAGAGGCGUAUUUCCGGAAGUGCCACACGGAGAGCGGGGCGGAGAUGUUCGAAAUGACUUUCACCACGUCUCCCGACGCAGUGAUACCUCAUCUGGCGGUGCAGAGCGAUUUGGGGGGCUUUGUAUAUGCCGUCUCGAAAAUGCCCCCCGGAAGGAGCUAUAUGGCGUGUGGUACGAAGUCUAGCUGGACGGAGUAUAUGAGGAUUUGGGGGGAGACGAACGCGGUCGCUGCCCGGUAUCGACAGAUCCCGCUCCACGAGUUUAUUGACCAGGUGUCGGAUCCGGAAUUCGGGCGUGAGGUGGGAGAUAUGUUCUCCUACUCUAGCGAUCCGGGGUAUGACGGCGGGGAUCACACUCUGUUGACGGCAGAGGAUAUGCGAAGGGCUGGGAUCGAGUGUCCGAUGACGAGUCUCGAGGAAUGGAUCCGGAAGGAAGAUUGGUCUAGUGUUCUAUGAUGAAUGUGUAUAGGGGCUCUGGCUCAGGUAUGCGAAGGUUUUGUAACAGUGUGUGGCCAGGUGAGCUGGAAAAGAGGCCGUGGGAGGAGAAUUUGACGAUGACUUUGUCGUCGAAGAAGGGGACUGGGGUUCGCGUAGGGAGGAGUCGCGGGCCGUACUGUGGACUUGCUUGCCUUCUCUACUUUUGUGCGAAGAUGUUAUCUCGUCUGUGGAGUCUCUUGCCUAGAGUGACAUCAGGGAGACGCUUGCGUUGAAUCCAUCCGAACAAAUCAAUGGACCUGGCAAGCAUAUGCCACUACUCACUGAGCAUCUCGCUGAGCAUCUCUGAAGAAUCUCGCGGAUAUGUACAGCUAUCAGCUAUAGACCGGGAUGUACUCGUACAGAUACUGGACUGAGCACCCGCGCCAUCCCAC